UUGCAUUGUGAUACACCCAAAAAAAUAAUGGCUUAUAUUGCAUCAACCUCAAACUUCAAACUACACCCAUCUCUUACAUAUGGCCUUUCCCCUCAUCACAAUAACCCAAAGACAACAAACCUAUCCUUCCCAACCAAACAAGUCAUUGUAAAAUGUAGCUUAUCAAAUCAUACAACAUUAAAUUUUCCCAACCAUAUUUGCAAAUAUUUGCAGUAUCCAAACCCGGAUCCAGACCCAUCACAUACCCACAAGCACAUAAGAAGCAUAAGGGCAAAAACAUCAACAAUUCCGGUACCGGAAUUGGAAUCAAAAACCCAUAAAAUAUGGUGGUCUGAUGUUGUAGUGAAGUACCCAACAAAGAAUGUGUUUGAAAGAAAGUUAAAAGAAUGGAAUUCAUUAGAUAUUUCGAAUAUAUGUUAUGUGGGAGCAAUGCAUGUACUGGCUUUGUUUGCUCCAUUUACCUUCACAUGGAAAGCAGUUUGGGUGGCAUUAGGUUUAAGUAUUAUAACUGGAUGGUUGGGUAUUACUCUUUCUUAUCACAGAAAUUUGGCUCAUAGGAGUUUCAAAUUACCAAAAUGGCUAGAAUACUCCUUUGCUUAUUGCGGGGCUCUUGCCUCUCAGGGGGAUCCAAUUGGUUGGGUGAGCACACACCGGUACCAUCAUCAAUUUUGCGAUACUGAGAAAGAUCCACAUACACCCAGAAAGGGAUUUUGGUUCAGUCACAUAAAUUGGAUAUUUGAUACUAAAGCUUGUGCUUCACAUGAAACGCCGGCAAGAUUAUCUUCACAUAGGAUGGCAACUUCGUCCCUCGACAAUUCUAAAUCCCAAGAUUUGUUUCAAAGUAUGGAUGACAUAUCAUCUAAUUCAUAUGUAUUUGGUCUUCCCAAGUGUGGUGAGACAAAUAAUGUAGAAGACUUGGAGAAGCAAUCAUUUUACAGGUUUAUUCGGAGCACAUAUAUUGUACAUCUAUUAAUACUACCUGGAUUACUUCUUUAUGCUUUUGGAGGAUUUCCUUACCUUAUAUGGGGUAUGGGUGUGAGGUCUAUAGUAGCAUAUCACACAACAUUUUUAGUGAACUCUGCAGCUCACAUAUGGGGACAUCAAUCUUGGAAUACCGGUGAUUUAUCUAAAAAUAAUUGGUGGAUCGCUUUGCUUACAUCAGGAGAAGGUUGGCACAACAAUCAUCAUGCAUUUCCAUACUCUGCCAAACAUGGCAUGGAAUGGUGGCAAAUUGAUUUUACUUGGUAUGCGAUAAAACUUCUUCAAGUUCUUGGUUUAGCCACCGAUGUUAAGCUUCCUACUGAGUCUCACAAAACACGCUUGGCUUUUAAACAUGAAACAACCUAAGU